AUGUCCACUUCGUCCGACUAUGAACCUCUGCAAAAACUGGACCCGCUUACGCCGAGUACAUAUCUCAAAACGUACUGUUGUUGCUGUAUGUUUGAUCAGAAAAGCGAGGAUCCGGCCCAAUUUGAUGUUUGUUUCGGUGAGCUACUCUUUUAUGAAACGUCAUUUUCAGGAGAAUAGUAUUCGGUACAGAGCCUUCUUCGGCUCAAUGCACAUACGAAAUGUGCUCGUCAUUCUCACCGUCAUCAAGACAAUUCUCGUGUUCGCCUUCCUUCUCCUUCAAGUAAUGGACACUGAAUCUCUUCUAGGAGCAUUCUGUGAGUGAACACUUGGAAUGCAAGUGGAAGAGUGUCUUCUUUUACAGCAGCCACAUUCGUAUUCCUCACAGUUUGUAUCACAAACGUCCUUUUAGUAGCCGGAGUCCGUCUGAAGCGGUAAUACUGAAAUGAAAUUUUGAGAUAUUCCAAUUCGGAAUACUUGCAGCUACAUCUUUUUGAUUCCCUAUUUCACAGUUUGCGUUCUAUUCAUUUUCGUCCUCAUCCUGCAUUUGUUCGUUGAUUUCCUGGACACUGCCAACUCAAAAGACACUGUCGAAAUCCUUCCGAUUCUCCAUAACGUAGUUUUGGUCAGUACAACAAUAAAUAAUCCGUUCUCAAGGUGAACUUCUCAUAAUUCAUCCUUUUUUUAGCUGUUUAUGAUUUGUUUCGAAAUCUAUAUGCUUUCCGUCGUCUGGCGCGCUUUUGUCUACAUUUGCGAUUUCAAUAUGCAGCGGCAGAUUGAGAAGAUCGAAAAGAAGAAGUAAUCCAAUCAAAGUCUCUUUGCCAAAUAAUUCAGUUUUUUUUGCAGAUCAAUGGUGAGAAGUUCGUUUGACAUUGAGUACGAUCUCGUUCGAAAUGAAAUAAUCCGGGCGGAGGUGAAGACUAACGAAUGA